GUGCACCAGUCCAUUACUAAAUCGCAACUGAUUGAAAAUAUCGUCUCUGAUUUCACACUGGAUUUGCUUGUCGGUUGCAUGCUCCGAAAAUGGGCAAAAGAAAGGUUGCAAGGGCGCCAACAGGACAUACAGAAGAACAGUGUGAUGUCUGGCUGACUGCUAAACCUGUAAGUCUCAAGAAACAGAGACUAAGAAGAGAUCCCCUGCAUUUCUACAACGGCCAGUUGCACGAUGAGCCAAUCUUGGCUGUUUGCACGGCAACGAGGCAGACCACCCUGAACGACUUUUUUAAAAAAAGCAGCGAUUCGAAGACAGACCAAAAUCGUUUCCAUUUGGGGGAAAAUCAGCAUGAUCAAGAACACCGCAACCCUGACUCCUGCAGUACAGAAAAGCAAAGAAACUUUCAUCAGAGCCAGACCACCCAAGAGAAUAUGGCACAAAUUUAUGCCCAUGUGGCUACGUCUCCCACACUAAAUGCAAAUGAAAAUUUGUCCCCGUACGUCACUCGUUCUUUCCAUGAAGAUUUGCAUUCAAACCCACCGGUUAAAGACUUGGUCAGUGACGGUUUCAAUAAAACCCACGGCAAUGAGAAACCUACAGAUCGCCGUUGUGCCAGGACACAACAGCAGAACAGAUGUCGACGAGUGGAGGGGAAAACCUCAAGCAACAUCCCUGAGAAGGAGAACUGGUGUCUUCAGUCAGACCCUGAUGAAGAUGUCAUGUCUGUGGACGAAAACAGCUGCCUUAGAAGUAAAGACGUGCACAAGCAUAUCGACACCAGCUUGAGGCAUAGCACGACCGAUUUUUCAGCGGAUGACUGCGAUUCACAGUUACCUUUUUCUUGCCUUUCACAAUCGAGGAAAGUUUCUUCUCAGAGCCCUGUGGACUCUCCAGUCACCGAUCGGUUGUUCAGGAUAGCCUUUGUGCCUUCAGGAGAAGCUGACAGUUCUUUUGUACUGGAGGAAACAGAAUUAGAAUCGAACGAUCAACUGGCAAUUUGCAGUCCAUCGUCGUUUGCAGAAACAAAUAUCCAGCCUAGUUUAAACAUCGACAUGUUACGAUACGUUGAUUCCAGGCUUUUGGACACAGCGCCCAUGCCCGAUUCGCAAACAGAAACAUGUGAUAGCAGAGAGCAAGUGAUAACCUCAAUUUCAUUGGCAGAAUCGGAUUACAGCGAUUCAACCGUGGUUGACCCCGCCCUCUCGGAGUUCGAUGCAAAUACAACAGAAGUGUCAACAGAAGGUGAUUGGGUGUUGUCAGAGGGCGACCCAGCUAAUGCGACCGAUCAGAGUCCGUUCGACUCGUUGGAGUUUACAGCAGACACGCAGGGCUGUCUGAUUCUGAAGACAUCACCAGCACCUGACAUCGAUGAAUCUGACGUAGAUGAUUCACAGACCUUUUGAUCGAUGGGGCAGUGUGUCAGAUCGCAGAUUUUGUCACGAAAUUUUCAUUCCGGUUUUCCACAAUUCGGUGUUGAAUGGAAGACCGUUUUGUGCACCUCUUAUGCAUAUAAAUACUACAAUGAAUCAGAUCCACCCCAAAUGCGUAGUUUCUAAUUAACUGAGAGGAACUUUAUUGAAAAUGAGCGAUCGACAAAAACCACUGACAGGUGAAAUUGGAGUGAAUCUUAAAAGUUGUUUGUCUUUCUCUUAUUCACGCUGUUGACCUGAGCAUGUAAAGCAAAUCUUCAUAAACCACAUGUACAACCUAUACUAUCCCUAAUCAAAAGAUAUGAAAAGCAGUGUCCGAUGCAUUUUAUUCUAUUGAAGCACGAUGUGGAGCAAUCAGUGCCAUCGUAGGUGAUAACAAACACCCGCAGCAACCAAGAUGUUAGUAAGAUUUUUUAUGUGUUAUAUUUAAUAAACUUAAGACGAGCGUA